AUGUUGUCCAGAGUAUCUAGUAGACUGGUACCAUUUUUGAAUAGGUAUGGUACUAGAAAUUUACACGUUUUCCCCUCAGUGAGGGCCGAAGACACGGCCAAUUCCGUUGUAUCGAAACUCUCAAAAGAUCAACUUAAGAAGAGAGAGAUCAGAAGGCUAGCCCAACGCAAAGCAGCUGCCAGAAGACCUGCUAGCGACCACCCUCUGUACAUGCCAGUUAUGAAGGCCCUGCGAUUCCUGAGGGCCGCAGAAGUGGGUCAGCCACUUUCACAACAAACUCUAAGUUUGACAGCCAUGGUAAUAUCAGAGAGAGGAGCACCGCUUCUAAAUGGAAAUCUAGUUUUGCCUAAGGCUCUGAAAGACGUCAAAGUUGCUGUUUUCACAAAUGACGAACAGCAAGCGCGUAUGGCGCGUGAGAAGUUCAACUGUCACUUGGUUGGCGGAAGUGAGCUUGUUGAGGAGAUUAAACAGGGCAAAAUCGCUUUGGAUUUCGAUAAGAGUUUCGCCACACCUGAUAUUGCGAUAGCCUUAGCCUCUCAGCUGGGGCGGAUCCUGGGCCCCAAGGGUCUACUUCCAGCUGCGAAAAAAGGAACAGUUUCCGAAGAUCUGGAGGCACUACUCAGUGAUAGCAUGGGCUCUUUGCCUUUCAGACAGCGUGGCAACAACGUUAGCAUUGCCGUAGGCAAGUGUUCCUUCACCGACAAGCAGGUGCUGGAGAACAUUGUAGCGGCUCAAAAGGGCAUCAAGUUGGCGUUGGCAAAUCAAAAGACGAAAAAGCCCAGUCUUCUUGGCCAAACGACCCUCACUUCUACUCAUGGUCCUGGCAUAGUCAUUGAUUUCGCUUGA